UCGGUGUGUGGUGCACGCCGCGCUCCCAGCACAAAAGCCCAGGGAAAGAAACUCUUGGAAAGCUGGGAGAGAACGGUGGGGCCGGGCAGGAGCAGGUCGAACCGUCCGGGUCUGUUCGUCUCCUCUGGAUACAUUUUGCAACUGCGAAGGAAUUAAAUCCGAUUUUCUCUUUUUCUUUUUUUUUCCCCCAACCCCUGCUCCCAGGAUUUUUUUCUUCUUUUUUUCUUUUUGAGAGCGAGAGGGAGAGCAGAGCCGCGCUUCUCCCCCCUCUUUUCACGCGCUCGAUCUUUUUAUUUUUAUUUUUGUUUCCCUUGGGGAUAGAGGUGCACGCGAGGAAAAAAAAAAAGUAAAGGACUAUGUUUGCUUCGUGGCUGACUUUUGCCGUGCUCUGGGGAACUUUCUGUGCAGGACCAGGCCAUGGGGAGGCUGAGACAAGGGAGUGCAUCUACUACAAUGCCAACUGGGAGCUGGAGAAGACCAACCAGAGUGGAGUGGAGCGCUGCGAGGGCGAGAAGGACAAGCGGCUCCACUGCUACGCCUCCUGGAGAAACAACUCGGGCUCCAUCGAGCUGGUGAAGAAAGGCUGCUGGUUAGAUGACUUCAACUGCUAUGACAGGCAGGAGUGUGUAGCCACAGAAGAAAACCCACAGGUGUUUUUCUGCUGCUGCGAGGGCAACUAUUGCAAYGAGAAAUUUACCCAUUUGCCUGAAGUCACCGGCCCAGAAGUCAUAUACGAGCCGCCGCCGCCCACRCCCUCCCUGCUCAACAUCCUGGUGUAUUCCCUGCUGCCCAUCGCAGUGCUGUCCAUGGCCAUCCUCCUGGCCUUCUGGAUGUACCGGCACCGGAAGCCUCCCUACGGCCACGUGGACAUCAUUGAGGACCCUGGCCCACCACCCCCUUCUCCCCUGGUUGGCCUAAAGCCACUGCAGCUUUUGGAGAUCAAGGCGAGGGGACGCUUUGGCUGUGUGUGGAAGGCCCAGCUGAUGAACGACUACGUAGCAGUGAAAAUCUUCCCUAUUCAGGAUAAGCAAUCUUGGCAGAGUGAGAGGGAGAUUUUCAACACUCCUGGCAUGAAGCAUGAAAACCUUUUGCAAUUUAUCGCAGCAGAGAAAAGGGGGACAAACCUGGAGACAGAGCUCUGGCUGAUCACAGCUUUCCACGACAAGGGUUCUCUGACAGAUUACCUGAAGGGCAACAUUAUCAGCUGGAAUGAGCUUUGCCAUGUCGCAGAAACAAUGGCCCGUGGCUUGUCCUACCUUCAUGAAGAUGUCCCCUGGUGCAAAGGUGAAGGACACAAACCUGCCAUAGCACACAGGGACUUCAAGAGUAAAAAUGUCUUGCUGAAGAACGACUUGACGGCUGUGCUUGCAGAUUUUGGACUGGCUGUUCGGUUUGAACCUGGAAAACCUCCAGGGGACACUCAUGGACAGGUGGGAACAAGGAGGUACAUGGCUCCCGAAGUGCUAGAGGGAGCAAUCAACUUCCAACGAGACGCCUUCCUGAGGAUAGACAUGUAUGCAAUGGGACUGGUGUUGUGGGAGCUAGUCUCCAGAUGUAGAGCAGUUGAUGGUCCAGUGGAUGAGUAUAUGCUGCCAUUUGAAGAAGAAAUAGGUCAGCACCCAUCCCUUGAGGACCUGCAGGAAGUGGUGGUUCACAAGAAGAUGCGCCCCGUGUUCAAGGAUCACUGGCUAAAACAUCCCGGCCUGGCGCAGCUGUGCGUGACCAUCGAAGAGUGCUGGGACCACGACGCGGAGGCGCGGCUCUCGGCGGGCUGUGUCGAGGAGCGCAUCGCGCAGAUCCGCAAAUCCGUCAACGGCACUACCUCGGACUGCCUCGUCUCCAUCGUGACAUCUGUCACCAACGUGGACUUGCCACCCAAAGAGUCUAGUAUCUGAGUCCUGGGUCCUGGUUCACUUUUGUCUUUCCAGACUCAGUGGAUUUAAAAACAAACAAACAAACAAAAAAAAAAACCAACAAGGAAAAAGUUUAAAAAAAAACAUACAAAAAAAAAGAAAACCACAAAAAUUCAACAAACCCAUGAAUGCAGCUGCUAUUUUAUCUUGACUUUUUAUUAUUAUUGUUAUUAUUAUUAUUAUUAUUUUUUUGGAUUGGAUCAAUUUUACCAGCACAUUGCUCUACUGUAUUAAAAAAAUGGACAUUUCAGCAAGCAUUCAGGUGCCGACUAAUGAAUGCAGAAAAGGUGCAGGUACCUCAGAACCUCAACAAACUCACUUCAGUUGUUUUUAUUUUAUUCAGUUUUUUGGGUUUCUCUUUAUCAGUCUGUCUUCUGAGUGGAGCAUCUGUGAUAUAAGCUUAUGUGACAUAAAGGAAAACCACCUACACCUUCAAAAACGCAAUGCUGCAAACUGUGGAGGAAACUUAAGACUGUUAUGUAAAGAAUACACCUUCCUCAAAAGCAUUUUUCCCCAUUUUGGUUUCGGG